AUGGCCUCGGGCGUCGCCGCGCGCGGAUGCGUCGUGCUCGCGCGCGCCGGACGGGGCGAGCGCGCGGGGACGAACGGGCGCGGGCGCGGCGGGGGACGCGCGGGACGCGGCGGCGGCUGGGACGCCGGGAGACGCGCGGCGCGUCCGUCGCCGUCGCCGAGCGCGAGCGAACGCGCGGCCAAUGACGUGACGAGACAUAACGUCGAUGUUUUACGCGACUUGGUGCGCGCGACGCCUCGAGACGUGGACGAGAAGACGACGACGGCGUACGCGGGGGAGGGAUUCCGCUUGGUUCGGUGCAUGCCGCACCUGAAACGACGAGAGGCGGACGAUGCGGUGAGCGCGGGGCGGGUGCUCGUGAACGGUGAAUUGGUGCGACCGUCGCGCAGGGUGGUGCACGGAGACGUGGUGACGUUGGACGGGAAAGCGAUGGAUUGGGAACCGUACGCGCAGAGCGUGGAGAGCGAGCUCGGAGACGCGCGGUUCGUGUACUUGAAGUAUAAUAAACCGCGAGGCGUGGUGUGCACGAUGUCUGACACCGAGCGAACGUCGAUGUUUCACGCGCUUCACCACGAGCGUAAGGCGCUCGGGAAGGAUGUUCGAUUGUUCCCGGUGGGAAGAUUGGACAAGGACUCGAGCGGUUUGGUUUUGCUGACGAACGACGGGAGAGUCUCGGACGCGCUGUUAGAUCCCGAACGAAAGGCAGAGAAGACAUACGACGUGGACGUCGACCGGAUCGUGAGCGAGGCGGACGCGCGAACGCUCGCGCGCGGGGUUGUGAUUUCGACGACGCAACAGCGCGAUUUGAAGGAAACCGUCGCGGCGACGCUCCCGUGCGAGGUCACAAAGACGGGUGAGAAGUCGCUUCGUUUCGUCUUAAAGGAGGGGAGAAACAGACAGAUUCGUAAGAUGUGCGAAGUUUUGAGCUACGACGUCGAGCGCUUGCAUCGUACUCGAAUCGACGACGUCGCCCUCGGCGACUUGGAGGUUGGGGGCGUCGCGCCUCUGGACGAGGACGAGGUCAACGCCCUCUCCGCGCGCGUCGACGCGCGCGCGUCGACGCCGCGAGAGUCAUCGAAGCACACGAGCGAGAGUCGCAGACGACGACGAGCGAUCGACGCCAAUCCCGGGGGAUGGGGCGCGAAAAUGUUCAAGGAGCGCGACGCCUCCGCGUGA